AUGCUACAAGUUAUUAUUAAAGAAUACUCCCCGGACAUCAUAUGCCUUCAAGAAUCCAAUCUUAAACCAGAUAGCAGCUAUUCAAACAGUCAAUUUCAAUUCUUCUCCAAAACUCGUAAUAAUACCAAACGUGCUAGUGGAGGAGUGGUAACGUUAAUAAGCAAAUCGUUACAAGCAGAUCACUUCCAUGUAAACUCAGAUAUCGAAACCCUUGUAGUAAAACUCACCAGCCAUAAAACCUCUUACAUCUGUAAUAUAUACAUUGCUCCCGACUCCACAAUAGAAUACAAAGACUUAGAAAACUUACUAAAUCAGAUACCAAGUCCAAGAAUCAUUAUUGGAGAUUUUAAUGCACAUAACAUAACCUGGGGCAGUAAAUCGACAAACUCAAGAGGUCACAUACUAGAGAAACUCAUUGCCGACAUUCCACUGAAUUUUCUGAAUGAUGGAACCCAUACUAGGCUCAACAUAUCCACCGGAGAAACUUCUGCUAUCGAUUUAAGUCUCUGCGACCCAGCACUUUCUGCCAAUCUAUCAUGGGAGGCUCUCUCGUACUCCUAUGGAAGCGAUCACUUUUCAAUUAUUAUCGAAAAUCGCACCUCUCCAGGAAAAUGUUCACCAAAAUACUCACCUAAAUGGAGAAUAAAUUCUGCAGAUUGGACAUCCUUCAGUAACCAGAUUGAGCUAAACAUGGAUAGCUGCGAUAAUACCAACGAUGUCCAGAAAUGUGUAUUGAACUUCAAUAAAAUCAUCUUGGAUAGUGCCAGCCAGCACAUUGGCCAAACAAAAGAUAUAAAAGGCCAUACUCCAGUCCCCUGGUGGAAUCAAGAUUGCGAAAAAGCUAUCAGGGAAGCAAAAGCAGCGUUGAACAAGUAUAGGAAACACAAAACUCUCCAAAAUCGCGUAGAGUUGAAAAAAUACAAAGCAAAGGCACAACUUGUGAUCAAACAAUCCAAGAAAAAAUCUUGGCAGGAAUAUGUUUCUGGAAUAAACUCCUCCACUCCAAUAAAUAAAGUCUGGACCAAAAUAAGAAAAAUGAAUGGACAUAGUUCAAAAAGCACUAUCCGUAGCAUUAAACACAAUGACCGGUACUACUCAUCCACAAUAGAUAUAGCCAAUAUUUUGGGCCAAUCCUACCAAGAACAAUCGUCAACCUCAAAUUUCACACGCGACUUUCUCAAUAACAAGGCUCAAAUCGAACAAACUCCCAUCAGUUUUGAAGAUACACUGGAUAACCCUUUAAACCUUCCUAUUACUAUAGAAGAACUUGACAGCUCCUUAGAAAAAAUGAAAAACUCGAGCUCAAGUCCAGACAAUAUUCCAGUCAUAUUCCUCAAAUAUCUACCACCUUCAGCAAAACGGCAUCUACUGAAGCUUUUCAACAAGACAUGGGAAGAUAAAGUAUUCCCUUCAUUAUGA